GCUCUGAUGGAUCAAUAAUUAUAAUAACUAAGCCCAAACACAAGGUUGAGGCCGUCCGUGGAAUAAAAGGCCCUUUCUGACUCUAACCUGGCGCUUUGGCAGGCAAUAGGCGUUUUUUUUCCCAAGUCCAGCGUAGGGAAACUGGGAAGAAGGAGAAAUAGCAAUGGCUGCCACAGCAUCAACAAGAAUACAUAUAGGAGGCUUGGGGCAGAGCGUUAGCAGUGAUGAUCUGUGGAAGGUUUUCUCCGCCGUGGGAACGGUUGAAGGAUUGGACAUUAUUAGGACCAAAGGCCGCAGCUUCGCAUACGUGGACAUCCUCCCAUCUUCCUCCAACUCCCUCUCCAAGCUUUUUAACACGUACAAUGGGUGCGUGUGGAAAGGAGGUAAGCUGAAGCUGGAAAAGGCGAAAGAGCACUAUCUUACCCGCUUGAAACGGGAAUGGGCGAAGGAAGAAGAAGAAGCACACCAUCAGCCCAUGCCCUCUUCUUCCGAUGAACCCAACAGCAGCAAGAAGGCUCACGUCUCCCAACAGGGCCAUCUUCGGAUUUUCUUUCCUAGAUUAACUAAGGUGAAAUCAUUGCCACUCAGUGGGACUGGAAAGCAUAAAUACAGUUUCCAACGUGUUGAAGUCCCUGCUCUCCCUAUGCAUUUUUGUGAUUGUGAAGAGCAUUCUGGUCAUUUUAACACUGUGAAACGAAAAGACGGUCAGAAUCAUGAAGAAAUAAAUGGUGCCAUGAAUGAGGAAGAGGUUAGUAUGAUGAGCUCAGUAAUGAACAAGCUAAUUGAGAGGGCAAACAUCUCCAACACUAGCAGUGCUAUCCUAGCAAAUGAAAGAGAGGAUUUCUCCAAACUAAUUGAGGGUCCUCUGUCCGAUGAGGAGGAAGAAGAUGAUGAUGACCUCAUAAUUAAUGUUGUUUCUGAUUCAAAUAAUCGAGCAGCUAUGUCUGGGAGCAGGGAGAAGAAAACAGUCUCCACUGAGAAAACAAGACUUGGUGAAACCCAAAUUUCUAAUUAUGGAGCAAUUCAGAACGCGUGCAAAGUGCAGGAAAAUAAUACUUUGCAUCCAAGAAAGAAGAGGAAACCACUUCCUAACAAAGAAGAAGAUAAGCACCAACUUGUUUCUCUUUUUCCUGGACAGAGAAGGAAUUCAGAGUCUGAUGAUGCUAAUGCAGAUUUUGAGGAGAAUGAAGCUGAUCAAGACAACCUCAUGAUUAAUAUUGUGUCCAUGGCUAACAAAAGAUCAGAGAGAACAAAGCUUGAUAAGAAGUUCAAAUCCAGUGAGAUACAAACUUCUGAAGAUGGAUCAAUUCAGAAUGAGCACAAAGUGCAGAAAGACGAUAUUUUACUUCCUAACAGAAAUGAAAAGGGAAAUGUUCAAACACAAUCAAAGGGAUCUGUCAUUGUUGUUCAAACCACUGGAGCAGAAUGUGGUCUCAAACAUUCAAAUACUAGUUGUUCGUGGUCUCAGAAGUCUUCAUGGAGGGCACUUGUUGGAGAUAGAAGCAAUAGUGCAUUCAGUCUCUCUAAUAUUUUGCAAAAUGUUGAUACUACCAAGGAAAAACAACAAAUUUCUGAUGGUUGUAAAGUGGACAACACUCUUGAUAGCAGGAAUGGGAAUUUGGCAACACCUAAGAAUUUGGAAGGCAUGUUAGGCAAAACAGAAAUAGUGGAUGUGGAACCUCAGCCAAACCAACCUAAAUCGGCUUCAAGUAAUUCAGGAAGAGGUUCUUCAUGGCUCCAUCAGUCCUCAUGGAUGCAAUUGGUAAGUGAGAACAGCAGUUCUUUCAGCAUCUCAGAAAUUGUGCCAGGCAGUACUUCAAAGCAAGAGUGCACAAAACCCAUCUAUGAGGAUGUGGUUUACUCCGCUGAUGGAAAUCAUAGCAAUAAAACGAAACUGCAUAAGAGUGAACCUACUGGUUCUCCUGCUAUAGGAGUCGGAAAGAAAGGAGACUCUGUACAGAGUAUUCCAGAAAGCAAUCAGCAAACUGUUGUGGGCGAUACAGAUGCUUCCGUCCCAACAGUUGAGAAGAUAUGUAAUUCAGAACCAAACAAAGCUUUUGGUGGAGAUACUAGCAUAGGCAAAACUUGUUCAUUUAUGAGAAGCUCUGCUUCAUUGAAAGAGUGGGUAAAAACUAAGGCUGCCCUAAAGGGGUCACGCAAGAAAAAACCGUAAUGAAACAUAGUAGGUUUGUUCGAGCUCUCUGGUGUUCUCGUGAAAUGAUUUUUUUCUGAUUCUUGCAAGAGAUUGUAUUCCGUAGAGAUAUACUUGAACCAUCAAAAUAUUUUAUUGUGCUUUUCUUGUCAUCACAAAACCAGGAAGAUUUUCAUCAUGUUCACCCUUUUUAGUUUUGGACUUAUGCUACAA